AUGGAGUCAUACCCUUUAUCACAAGCUGGCAAGCUGAUUCUUAUUAACUCGGUUCUCAUUGCGUCAAUUGCUCACAUACUCUCUGUGUUUUUGCUUCCAACAACUAUUGCUAACAAGGUGGAUGCCAUGGUAUCGAGAUUUUUUUGGGCUAAACCUUCAGGGAAAGGAAUUGCUUGGCGACGGAAAGAAUUUUUGCAUAUGCCUAAAGGUGCUGGGGGUCUCGGACUACGUAGUGUUACGGUUCAUAACCGUGCAUUGUUGAUGAAAAAAGUUUGGUGUAUUCAUCGGAAUUCGAAGUUACUAGUCAGCCAAGUCUUUGCAUCUCAUUCUCUACAUUCUACUUCGCAUUUUUCUAUGUUACAUUCCUUAAAAGGACAGAGCUCUUGGGGCGCGCGAAGUUUAAAUCAGGCUGAACGGACCCUUACUGAUAAUUAUGCUUGGAAAAUUGGGUCUAAUUCAACUCUAUGGGCAGGUCAGAAUCGAUGGGUCAAUGGACAAAUACCGAUAUUCCGUGAUCGGAUAAAACUGCGAACAGCAGCUGCUGUCACUGUUGGGUCCCUCAUUUUACCGAACCAGCAAGGUUGGAAUAUUCCCAGAAUUACUUCUCUAUUCACUACAGAAACGAUAGGGGCUAUCCGAGGGUUAGAAUUGCCAAGUCUGGCAACUCAGUGUGACCUUCCGUAUUGGCCUCACACAGCAUCGGGUCAAUACACCACUAAGUCUGGCUACUAUUUACUUUCUCGACAAAUUGACAUCUGCGCAUACACCUCCUCUAAAUUCGAAAUUUUUUCGGAUUUUAUGGGGAUUGUGCAUCAUGCCUAA